AUAUGCCAACAACGUAGAGAGAAAAAAAAGACAGCCCCAACAAGAGGCAUUGGCAAAGUAAAGUGCAAUACAAGGCCUAACCUAGCUAGUUGAUAUCUCUUUAGUACCAACGUAAGAUAAUAACAUACCAUAAGUAUUUGGUAGUCACAACUCACACUGUUACUACAAAUUGGAUUUGCCACCUUUCUACUCUUUCUUUUCCAACCUUCAAAUAUAUACCAUACUUCUUUUAGAAAAUCUCUUAUAUAUUCCCUUCCCAAACCUCUCUUUUCCCAAGCAGCACCAGAUAUCUUCUUUCACAUUCCUUUAAUUUCCUCCUCUCCAUUGUCAAAAUGAUGGGUAGGAAUAAUGCUGUUUUGUUGGGGUUUAUGAUCUGCAUUAUCGUCGCUGGGGUUGGAGGUCAAGCACCUCCAACACCCCCUACCCAAGCACCACCUACACAGGCACCACCAACACAGACACCCCCUACUAACCAAGCACCACCUACGCAGGCACCACCAACACAGGCACCCCCUACCCAAGCACCACCUACACAGGCACCACCAACACAGGCACCCCCUACUAAUCAAGCACCACCUACACAGACUCCACCAACACCCACUAACCAGGCUCCUCCAACACCCACUAACCAAGCACCACCUACACCCACUACCCAAGCGCCUCCAACACCAGCUACCCAAGCUCCACCUACACCCACUGGUUCUCCUCCACCAGUUAACAACCAAACACCACCGGCUCAGCCACCACCAACUGCUUCACCACCCCCCACAGUUUCAUCCCCACCUCCUGUUGUAACUUCUCCACCACCAGCACCUCCUACUCCUACUGCUUCUCCUCCUCCACCAGUGAACUCUCCACCUCCUCCGGCAGCACCUUCUCCUGCGCCACUUCCAUCAACUCCUGCUCCAGCUCCUGCAAAGAAAUUGACUUCUCCAGCACCAUCUCCUUUAGGAUUUAGUCCUCCCGCUGGAGCACCAGCACUAGCCCCGAGUCUUGGAGCUUUAUCUCCUGCCCCUUCAGCUACUGAUCAGAGUGGAGUGGAGGGCCUGAAGAUGUCAACAAUGGUUGUGAAAAGCUUGGUCUUAGGAUGGGGUCUACUCUGCUUUCUAAUGUAGAGCUCUCUUUUCAUCCUGCAUCAUUUGUUUUAGUUUGCCUCUAUAUGUAUGAAUUGCUAUCUCUUUAUUUAGCUUAGGAUGAUGAUGAUGAUGGCCCAUUUCCUUGCCUGUACUUGGAUUAUAUAUUCACUUUGAUUUUUUUGGAGGAUCUUGUUAAGGGGAGCUUAAUUUUUGUAUUUUGAGAGGAUUGUAUUUUAAUUGCAGUUUCUAUAUAUUGUUUUAUAUAUUA